AAUCUAAUAAAUUAAAUAGCCAGCAGUUUCCUUUGCCUUUGUGAUACCACAAAGAGCUGCCUGAGGAAGCUGCCCCGCUCUGCUUAACAGCAGGACCAGCCCCAGUGACAGUAGCAAGCUCGAGACGUAUGCACUCGGCACUUGCUGGAAAGCUCAGUGCCUCUGGCACAUAAGAACUUCAUUCUUGCAGGUCCUAUGUAAACAGUAUGAAGGCUUCCAGGCUCCAUCUGGUUCUAGUUAUUCUCUCACACACGCAAAUACACAUGCCUUAGGAAUUUGCAGAUGGACACUGGGCUGCUCUCUCUCUGUGAGUGUGUGAUCCUUUACAGUGUUCAUUCUACACUGUUACCGCCUUUCCUCCAGAAGGUACCUGUAUGACCAAUGAAAUCAUCCCUUCCUCCGACUUAAACGAAAAAGCAGGUACUAAGUUGGUGACUAACUAUAAUGGCCCUUCCCUCUGUCUAAUUCACUCGGAGCUAAACUGCACGACUAAAUAUGGGUUUAUAACAAGAGACAAGAGAGUGAAAAAAAAGAAAAGAAAGAAAACACCCUUGACCACCAAGGACUGCCUCUUCCUGAAGGCCCCCGUUCACAUAAAUACAGGAAGUACGAAAGAAAGAAGCUAAGUGACAGCACAUAUACUUGGGACUUUAUUCUCACUUUGGAGGCUCCGGUUUCUUGGGACUCCUGCGGCAAAAACUGAGCUUCCCAUUGUGUUGUACCAUCAUCGGCCCAAAAGGUUUAAAAAAAAAAAAAAAAAACUGGUGGAGAGAGUGGAUCCAGGAGGACGCGGGGGUUUCAUCAGGAAAUGGCAAGGUAUGACUUACUUCACAAGGGAAACCUAAACGAAGUUUGAAGGACGACGCUCCCCCGUUUUAUUGCUGUGAUGACGACAACUUCAGCGGGCAACCAGGCAGCUGGGCCUGGCACAGAAGAAGAAAAGGAAGAUCAGACCCAGGUGAGCCAGCCUAUCACUGUGAGGAAUUGCUUUUCGCCGCCUGGUAUCAGCAUCCUUGAGAAACUCAUCAAAACCUGCCCGGUUUGGCUUCAGUGGAGUAUCAGUCAGGAAAAGGUUGCUGAGAUACUCUGCAAAGAACCAGAAGGGAUAUUUAUGGUCAGGAAAGAUGAGACCCUGAAAGGCCUGCUUCUCUCCGUUCAUUUCCCAGCCCAGAUGGACGCUUUGGAGGUUUUGGAGUAUGAGAUUAAACAAGAAAGAACAUUGCUACACCUGGAAGGAUCCCUCCUGGUGUUUGAAGAUAUCUUCAAACUGGUGGCAUUCUACUGUGUCAGUAGAGAUUUGCUUCCCUUUAUGCUAAGGCUGCCCCAAGCAAUAUUGGAGGCCAAUAGUGUUAAAGACCUAGAAACCAUCUCUAAUCUGGGAAUAGGUUUCUGGGACUCCUCUUUAAAUCAAAGGCAAGGACAAAGGUUUACCCAUCCUGUGAAAGGCUCUGGUUUCUCCACAACCCCAGCAAAAAAAGUAAAAAACUCCAGCCAGUGUUUUGCAAGCAGCACUAGCAAUUGUUCAUGUGAAAUUGAGCUGUCAAUAGGAAAUGACAGGCUGUGGUUUGUGAAUCCUAUUUUUAUAGAGGAGAGAAGCAACUGGUUUCUCCCGGAUGUUCCUCCUUCAGAGAUCAGUAGGAAGAGUCAUUCUUUUACUAGCAAUAUUGUGACAAGACCCCCAAAGAGGUCUCCCAGCCGCCGGCCCCCUCCACCACCACCUCUUCUGCCUGCACAGUCUGAGAAACCUCCCAUGACCACUUCUGAAGAGGAUCAACUUCAGGUCUUGGACAAAAACCAAACAGAGAUGAAAACUGAAGUUAGUAAAGACAAGGAAGAUGAUGGCCAAGGGUCCUUUUCUCCAGGUAACCCUUCAUCCCCAAAUUCAAAGAAGAGAGUUCCUCCAUCCAUUCCACCACGGAGGUGCUUCUCUGAAAGACCUUCAGGAAAGAAUUGGUUUGUUAAAUCUUCUGAACAUCUUAUACCGGGCCAGAAACAGCCAGAAAAUCAUUGGGAUGAGAAGGAAAGUUGUACAGACCAUCUUCAGUGCUUUGAGACUCCACAAACACUUGAACAGGGGAUUAAAAAGAACCCCUCCCCAUGUCAAGAAGCAAAAGUGGAGAGUGAGGACAAGAAUACACCAGCUGAGCUGCAGAGGAAGCCCUCAAAAAAGCUGAUCAGGACUCCAGUUCCACCCCCACGGAAGAAGAGGCUUUCAAGAGAGUCAUCCUCUGUCAGCACUUGCCAUUCGAAACACAGAAGUGCUAAAGAGUUAGAAAUGGUAGACCUUCCAGGAAAUGCACAACCACUAGAAAAUAUUGGUUCUGAGGCAAAAAAGGAAUCAAAAUUGGACUGUAAGCUUGUCAGCUUAUCAUCUUCUGAAGGUUCCCAUGACUCACUUCAUUGUCCAGUAAGCAGCUCAGGGCCCAACACAACCGCUUCUGAACAGGACUCCUAUUCUACAAGUAGCACUGAGGAUGAGCUGGAGUUAGUGACUAGCCCUUCUGUGAAGAAGACGCGUUCCAUGAUCCUAGGAAAGGCAAAGCGCCGUCUAUCCAUGGUCAGUCUGAGCCAUGUCUUCACAGCUUUCCUGUCUGCCGACAGGAAGCUCCAAAAAAAGAUCGUGGAACUGGCCCAGGACAAAGACUCCUACUUCGGCAACUUGGUGCAGGACUAUAAAGUGUACAGUCUGGAGAUGAUGGCAAGGCAGAGCUCCAGCACUGAGAUGCUGCAAGAAAUCCGCUUGAUGAUGACACAGCUGAAGAGCUACUUGAUACAAAGCACAGAGCUGAAGUCCUUUCUGGACCAGGCUGUUCAUAUGGAGGAGCAAGUAGAGGUGAUCAUCGAGUCCGCUUUGCACAAGUGUGUCUUGAAGCCUUUAAAAGAGGCCAUCGAUACUUACUUAAGAGAAAUCCACAGCAAAGAUGGAUCCUUCGAGCUCCUGAAAGAAAACCAGCAAGUCAUACAAAAUACAACUACCACUGACCUAGGAGUAACCACUAGUGUGCCUGAAGCUGCAUUGCUGGAGAAAAUCCUACACAAAUUCACAAGUAUGCACAAGGCCUACUCUCCAGAGAAAAAGAUUAGCAUCUUGUUGAAGUCCUGCAAACUCAUCUAUGAUUCCAUGACUCAGGGAAACCCAGGGAAGCAGAUGACUUACGGAGCAGAUGACUUUCUCCCGGUCCUCAUGUAUGUGCUGGCCCGCAGCAACCUGAUGGAGGUGCUUCUGAACGUGGAGUAUAUGAUGGAGCUGAUGGACCCUGCUCUGCAGCUGGGUGAAGGUUCUUAUUACUUAAUCACUACUUAUGGGGCGGUAGAGCUUAUCAAGAGCUACGACAAGAUCACCGUCACCCGGCAGCUCAGCACCGAGGUUCAAGAUUCCAUCCACCGUUGGGAGAGACGGAGGACGCUUAACAAAGCUCGAGCAUCCCGGUCGUCAGUUCAGGAUUUCAUCACCAUCUCCUUAAUGGAAGCCAAUGGCAACACAAGGACACUUGCCUACCGGACUGACUCGACAGCCCAUGAUCUGACUCAACAGUGUGCUGAGAAGUUUGAUGUCUUGGAGCCUGAAAACUAUAGACUGUUUGUUCAUGUUGAUGACAGGAGCAUGCAACUUGACGAAAAUGCCCUUCCGCACUGCAUCAAGUCCCAUCUGCUGAACAAAGAACCGAAGCCAACGUUCCACUUUAUUUAUAAGCCAAUGGGAGAUGAAGAGACACUGGUACCCAUCAUCAAGGAGCCAGAUGUGAUAUAAUAGCAACAUUGUGCUGUUGUAGCAGACUCAUCUUAAAGCAUUCUGAUGUUUUUCCUUACAAAGUCUUCUGAUCUCUGCUGGCAGCAGAAGCAAUCUGAAGUGCAGCUUCUGAUCUGAAUGGAGAUGGAGACAGCACUGGAAAUCUUUCACUGGGGCAUUCUCUCAAAGAAAUUCAUUUGCAGCUGUAUAUGGAAUAUUUGAAGCAAAGUUCAUUCUUGGGAGUUGAGGGGGAAACGUCAAACGAUGCAGGAUGCAAUUCUUUGCAUGUUUAAUCAGAAGAAAGUUCUGCAGCUUUCUGCCAGCAUUUUCCAGCCAUCAUGACUGGCUGAGGCAUGUUGGGAAUUGUGGGACCUUUCUCUGCCUGAACGUGCAUAGAAUUAGUACCCUUAGAAACUUAAAUCAGGAGUGAAUGAUGUAAUGUUAGCACCAGUUGUCCUGGUACAAAGUUGAAGGCUUGAGGUUAGAGGUAUCACAGGUAAUUCAAGGCAUUUUGGUGCCUGAGGCAGAAAAUCCAAACAACCUAGUUGUAGUAAGCAAGAAUAUAAAAAGUGUUCUGACCCUGAGGGCACAUCCGCUUUCAGCAUGAGGCCUGCUGGCUACACAUGCAAACACACAGUCAUUACUAAAUAAUUUGCAAUGCCUGUGAUGAUACUGACAUUUUCCUCCCAAGGUGGAAACUAAUUCUGGAUAUUAUAGAAGUCAUAAACUUCUGCCUCUAGUUUGUCAGAGACUAACUAGAUGUGAAAAGAGACACAGAGCUGCCACCAAUUCCUGUUUGGUUCAACUAGUUCUUAUCACAUCGAGCUGAACACGACAUGGGACACUGUGACCUUGUGCUGUGCCUUGCCCCACCUUGGCCUCACGUGGUUGGCUUUGGGGGCAAAGCAAAACAGCUUGUGGAGACAUCAUGCAGCGUGUUCCCUGAGACCGUACAGAAAACAGAUGCAUGGAGCUAGCCAGCCUAGCACACAAAACUGGAUGUACUCAUUCUGUCGAAGACAAAUCCGAAUCAAGAUUUGGGUCACGUGCACAUAGAUGCUUUUCCAUUUAAUAUCUUCCCCAAGGUUUCCUUCCAUAAUCCUUCACAAGUACCACUCCCAACUGUGAUUAUGGAAAGAAAUGAUCCUUCUACAUAAUUUCAGACUACAACUUAGGCACUUACAAGGCUGGCAUAGUUGAGAGUGACCCAGAAUGCUCCGUGGUGACUCAAUAGAAGGCAGCUUUAUUUAUUCCUAGAAGGGGAAGACAGAAAUGUAGGAGGAGAAUGAAGCAUAGUGAGAUGGGCCACAAAGCCAGGAUCUAGAAGCGAGAGCCUAAGGUUGAUAGGUUGUGCUUUGCAAAAAUGAGAUAAAUAAUCAGAACUAUAAUAAGGGAGAUGGAGCUUCCCAGAUCUACUCCAUAGUGCAGUGCACAUCUUGUGAGUGGCCACUCCUGGGUUAAAUUAUGCAUAUUCUUCUGCUCUUGGUGCUUUGCAUACAUCUCCAUGUAUCUUUGAUACAAACCAACCCUACACAGCCAGGACCUGUAAAGCCAAACACUUGGCAUGUUGCAUAGCUCAGGACUUUGGGAUGUUUGAGUGCAUACUUGUAAGCACAUGAUGCAUUUAAUCAUUUGGCAUCAAAGAAUGCAUCCAGGAAGUGCAGGCGUAUGGAUAAACACAUAUGUAAAGCUGUGCUGGCUCCGCCCAGGGCUCCAUCUAGCUCCCCAUUCUGUUUGCACAGUGGUCAGCCUGCAGUCGGCCACGCUCUCUUCCACCCACGUGGCCCUGCAACUGGUGCAGGCAAGCAUACAGCCUUUCAUUCUGAGAGCAGCACCCAGACAUCCAGAAGCCGUUGAUAGCCUUACCUUGCAUUAAUUUGUCCAAACCCCCCCCCCAAAAAAAGCACCAUAAGUUAAUGAAUGCAAGCAUUCACCUGUGUGUUGUGUGAGUGAGUUCUUCCCUCUGUGCCGAAUCUCCCACCAGUCAGUUGCAUGAGAAGGCCAUCCCACCAUUUCUUCCAUUACAAGAAAGGGAGAAAAGGGACUCCACCUCUUGUUGGUUGCUCCCCACCCCGUGCACACUUGCAUAUCGUCUCUUGGGAGCAGAGGGACAGAGUUCAGCUGGGGCCGCUUUCCUGCAGGCCGCCCAGCAAAUAUUGCAGCAGCUCAACUCGGUUGCUGCCUCAAGUCCUGUACUACUGAUACCAGCAGACAAACAGUAAAUGGUGGAGCAGUGUGGGGAGGGAGAAGAUCAACCCCCAAACGGAAUUUGUGAAGUGCCGUCCUUUUGCAAUACUGUGCAGCGUUCAUAAUGAAAGUUGGGUGGGGGGGGGAGUCUUCCUUUGCUGACCAGAGGGCUGCUGUGGAGUGGAUCAAACUUUCUAAAGGUGCAGUCACAGGUGUUUGGUACAAAAAAGUCUGCAUUCUUCUGAGGAGUUGUAGAACCUUAAGAGCACAAGCAUAUUCAAAAACAGAACAGCCACCAAGUUCUUUGAAAUCUUCACCACCACAUAAGGAAACCUUAAACUGGUGCAUUGGACUAAACGCUCAUAAUUCCCAGCCAUGGCUCAAUUAAGGAAAUUGCAAUUGUAAUGCCCCAUGUUGGGGAAGACAAAAAAAUGGCUACUUUCUGUUUGCUCAAGAACAAGUGCUUUGGGAAAGCUUGAAUUAAUCACCCGUUUGUUUGGCCGGAGAGCUAUACUCGAGGGAUGUGAUUCUCCGCCUUCAGCCAGAGGAGCUUUUCUGACACUUAAGAUAUGCCUUGUCCAAAAAUGUGUCCUUUCUUUUCCCCAUAACUUUUAGAAAUAUAUUAGUGAAAUAUAAAGGACUUAUUUCUAAGUUGACAUGCAUAGGAUUGCACUGUUUAUGUAUUUAUUUACCUGUAUAUUAUGUAUUUGAAUACAGUGUCUGGUUCAUAAAGGCAGUGUGGGAAAGAGACUUGGGAGGGCGCAUUUGCUCACAGCAGUACUGUCACUUUGGUCCAAGUAAAUAGGGCAAAUAAAGGAACUCAAAGCUUGCAGAAAGGCCUUCUAGCAACUCCCCCUUUUGUACUCAGGGCCUGGAAGCGAUUCUUAAUUGUGUUGGUUGUCUCUAUACCUCCAAACUAUACAGAUUGUGUGAUUUUUAUAAUAUAAACUACAUUGUCAAAAACA